UGAGGUCCAGAUGGGGAGAAUGCAUCAUCAAGUAAGGCAGAGCGUCUUCUGACUUCCAGAGAACUGUCUUUCCUACCCCCACCCCCACCCUCCCGCCCCAUUCGGGCAUUUGCAAGCCUUCCCAUUUACCCACUGCGGUGGUACCGCAGACCAUAACGGAUGUUCAAGGAAUCUGUGACACCUGAAUGACUGAGCAGCUUUCCCUACUACAGCCUAGAGCUCUGAGGAAUCUAUAGAGAAAUGGGGGACUCCUGAGGCCCCAGGAGCCAAGAAACGGUGGAGCUGCGGGAACGGGAGUCCAGCCUGGUCACUCAGAAUCACAAUCUUCCACAGUUAUGGAGAAGCAAGGCUUCGAGGCAGGAUGGUGAAAUUGCUGGUGACGGACCAGGGGAGCACCCCCAACUCCAAUCUCCCGGCGCCUCCUAGGCGGGGCUUUGAGAGAAGCCGCCUGGCGCGCCGCGGGACUCACCCACCCGAGCUGCGGCCCCGCCGGAGGCCCCCGAUCCACUGACACGGUGGCUGGAACUCAGGGGCCGAGAGAAGCAGUAGAGGGGAACGCACAAGUGAUGACGGGGGAGGAGUGCGGGGAAAGAGGGCACAAAGAAAGGAGGCCGGUUGGGAGGGUGCUGGGGCAGGGAGCACACGACAAGGGAGCCCCACGCGCGACACCCGAUGGCCCUACUCACCCCGGGAUCCGCGGAGCUGCUUGGAGAGCACGCCCGCGCCCCCACCCCGCCCCGCCCCCGCCGCAGCCGGAUCGCGCCGGGUCUUCGGAAGGGUGGGCGGCCGGGACGGGCUCGCAGGGGCGGCGGCCGGGCCCCGGGGUCUCGGCGAGGCACGUGCCCGGCCCUCGGAGCCCGCGGCGGCGGGAGCGCGCGGGAGCGGCCGGGACGCGCGGCUGGGCCCCGGGGCUGCGCGCGGCGGCUCUGGAAUGCACGGCCGCCAGGGACCGCCCCCGGAAAGCCCGGGCCCCCGGCCGCCGCCCCGCCCCCGCGGAGCCCGAGGAGAAACGGGGCGCGGGGGAGGCUGCUUCCCCGCCAGCCCCGCCGCUCGCUGGCGCGCAGCCCGGCGCGAUCGCCUCGCCCGUCGGGGCCCCGGCUCUCCCUGCUGUGAACCGAGAGGGUCGCGCCGACCUGAAACGCGUCCUCCGGAAUGCUUUCCCGCUGCAGUCUACACACGCGAAAGUCUGGCCGAUGGGUUUGGACGGAGGAGCGGGGACUCAGAGCUCCUGCUCUGCGGUGCGCGGAGUUUAAGAUCCGUACCAAGCGGCUUCGCCAAGUGAGGGGUAAUAACACCUGCGUCCCAGCCCUGCUGUGAGGACGGACUUAGACGCCGGUGUGGAGCUGGUUGGUUGUCUGCUGUGACACGCCUCUGAGCAUCCUGCUCAUUUUUGUGACAACAGUGAAACGGCCCCAUCCAAGGUGCUCAUGGCCUCUGAGAGGACUCCACGCCCUGCCAGCUCCCCGCCCAGCUUCCACACAGGACAGUGCCAGCUCUCCGACCUCCCGCCGCCUUUGUGCUGCACCUAGGGACAGGGACUCCGGCCCCACCUUGGCACCCGGCUUUAAAUUCAGCAGUCGAGCGCUCUUCCGUCUCUCUCUCUGAAACACGGGAGCGCAGGCCUUGACCAUCAGUGUGACCUCGAGGAGUCUUGGAGCUCAGUUGUGGGUCAGUCUCUUCCUUUGCCCAAUAGGUAUGGUAAGAACCCUUCUGCCUUCCUCAGGCCUGAACCUGAUACGGUGCGGGGGUGCCGAACUUAGCCCCGACUGUCUUCUGUAGGUCGGGGAUGAGGUCAGCAGAAAUGACACGGAAAUCCUCACUACCAGAUGCCAGUUGUCUAGAGGGGAGACAAUGAGGAUGAAGGGGGUUGACAUGAGAAACGGUGUGCCAAAAACCCCAGGAAUUGUCAGCCAACAACAUGUUUUAAUCAAAAGAGAAGUGUGGAAUCUUUAAAACAAACACAAACAAACACAAAACAAGUACCACACAAUUCUGAAUAGUUUAAUACAAAAGUCUCAGUGGAAAGAAAACAAACAAAAAUGCUAAAGGAGGACAAUCUCAAUUUAAUACAAAGUGUUCUCUGGUUAGUGGAAGGGGUAGGGGACUACUCUUUUGGGUGGACACCUGGUAACUUCAUGUGCCCUGUGUGAGCACUGGCGUCUGGAGGGUGCAGAAGCCCAGGACUGAAGCGAGCACUAGCCAGGCUCAGUCUGACUUUCCC